AUGGUGCGUCUUCUCUCCAACUUCAUCAUUCCUCGAUGCCUCCAUGUUCCGGACGAGGCUGAGCAGCCAGACUGGGACAUGAAUGUCCUCGUCAUACCUUCAGAACGGAUGAACGGAUACAUGCGGAUCACAGCACAGCCCGGCGAGGUAGUAUUUGACAUAAACCUGGGAAAGCUGAUGGACGGGCUCCCCCAGCUCGAUGCCAUCCUCUCUGCGCCGACCUUCGAUGGCCUCACUGACGUUGACGUAGACGUGAGAAUACUUGACGGACCGGACGCAGAGCGAGAUGAGGAGUUAGCGCAUGAGCUAAGAUUGUGCCUGCCGAGGCUUGAUGCACGCGUUAACCUAGCCAUAGGCUUCAAUGGCAUCCUGUACGCUGCACGGCGGGCUCGCCGUCCUCCAUUCAGCCGGCGUAGGUUGUCCAGAAUUGGGUUGGAUUGGGAUGAAGACGCGGGUAAAUUAAGAUGUCAUAGGAUCGAGAGGGUCUCCGCGCAGGAUGCUGUAGUAGCCAACGAAGAGACUAGUGCUGAAGACGAUAGGUGUACCAAUAACGCUACCACCGGUAGGAUCCUGCAUGAAGCGGCAGCCUAUGUCGACGCUGAGAGACCUUCCUCAUCGAAUCCAAUGGACGCACGAGUGCCUUCCCAGCCGGUGUGCGACGAUGAGCCUGUACCGCCACAUGCAACGGCCGGUUUGGGAAUGUCCGUGGACAUAUCUGCGCCAGACAACCAUGACGAUGAGUUGUCAGCGUUGCCAGGGUCGGUCGCAUAG